AUGAGGGCGUCGUUGUGGUUCUGGGGUCUGGCGGGGCUGCAGCUUUACUUCUUCUACCCCAGCAACUGGGUCCUCCUCUUCAUCUUCGUCUCCUCCGCCGUGCUCGCUCGGCUCCUCCGCUACUUCGUCCUCGACAAGUGGCAGCAUCAGGUGCCGACAGACGGCAGUUGGUGGGUGGUGAUUACGGGCACCUCCUCCGGCUUCGGCCAACUCGGCGCACUCCGAUUGGCGUCGCGCGGCAUCAACGUGGUGGCCACGGUCCGGCGGGAGAGCGACGGGGAAUCUCUCCUCAAGCGUGCGGCCUCCGACGCCAUCCGCCGGCGGAUUCAUGUGGUGCUGAUGGACGUGGCCUCCGUGGCCUCGGUGAAGGAGGCGAGGGACCAAGUGGCGGCGAAGCUCCAGCAGGGCAAUGGGCUCCUGGUCGGAGUCAUCAACAACGCGGGCUACUCCGUCUCCGGUCGUUUGGAAGCCGUCCCCCUCGGCAAGUGGAAGAAGGAGUAUGACGGUACACCCUCCUCGGCUCUGCAUGUUGUGCGAGCUGCCCACGCUCACAUCGUCGUCAUCGUCAUCGUCAUGGUCAUCGUGGUCGUGGUCGUGGUCGUGGUUGUCGCAGUGAACGUGUUCGGUGUGGUGGCGGUCACGCAGGCCUUCCUUCCGCUGCUGAAGUCGGCUGCGAAGCAGGGGGCCUCCCCGCGCGUCGUGUUUGUGAGCAGCGUCGUGGGCAGCGCGGCCAUGGCCGAGACCGCCCCCUACAGCUCGAGCAAGUUUGCCGUUCAGGCCAUCGCCGACAACGCGAGGGUGGAGCUGCGCAGGUACGGCAUCAAGACGGUGGUGAUCCAGCCGGGCGCCUUCAAGACCGAGUUCUUCGGCCGGCUGGUGAAGGACUUCCAGCUCAAGGACGCGGAGGAGGGCGAGGAGCUGCUCGACCCGGCCAUGGUCAGCGAGGUCCACGCCGAGUUCGAGCAGAAGAACGAAGUGCUGGCCAAGCUCGCCCUCUCCUUCCCUCCCGGCGACCCCGUUGCCGAAGCCAUGGAACUGAGCGUGCUGACCAAGAUGCCCGAGUCGAAGAUCUUCGUGGGUUACGACACAGGGCUGUACAAGCUCCUCAGCCUGGCGCCCGACGAAAUCGGCGACCUGCUGACGUGGGCCAUCAUGACGGCCCUUCGGCCCCUUCAUGCGCUCCAUCAUCCUGGGCAAGGGCAACAAGAAGGACGAAUAAACGGAAGAUAUGACGAUUUUCAGGCAGACCAUGGUGGCGUGGUUGGAGGGUGGUCCGCGACUCAAUUAAUUGAGCCCCUUGCUGGUCCAGGCCUUGGACAGCUCGGCCUGGCAGCGGGAGCAGUUGCACCAGAAGUGGUACAGCUUGUGCAGGUUCUUGCGCCGCUCGUGCAGGUUCUCCGUCGUGCUGUCGUACCUUCGAUAGCCCACC